AUGUCCAGGCUGCUAACAUUGGUCCUGUGCACGCUGCUGCUAGCCACGCUGACCCCCAGCUCAGAGGCCAGACGUGGUGGAGGCUUCAGAGGCGGCUGGGGUGGAGGUGGAAGCAGGCCCGCCUACAGACCAUCCCCUCCCAGGAGCAGCGGCCCCAGUGCGGGUAAAGUAGCUGGAGCAGCAGCAGCAGGGGCCAUUGGAGGAGCCAUGCUGGGGUCUGCCCUGAGCCGCCCCGGGUAUGGCUAUGGUGGAGGAUACGGAGGUUAUGGGGGAUAUGGCGGGUUUGGAGGGGGUUACGGCUACCCGAGAUAUGGUGGAGGGUACGGCUCCAGAUCUGCGUAUGAGGCAGAGGGCUCUGGAGAUGUGGAGUACUACACUGGAGCCUCAAGUGGACCUAUCUACAACAGCAUCGUCGUCGUGAUUGGCUCACUGCUCACUCUGCUGGUUGGCCACUUGGGGGCGAUCAUGUAA